AUGGCUUUGAGAAGAGGAGCGACGCCACUUGCCAUCGUCGUGGCCUUGUGCCUGAUCGCAGCAACAAGAACAGAAGCCCAGCUCAGAGUGGGGUUCUACUCCCGUAUCUGCCCUAAACCUGAGCUCAUUGUCAAGCAGGAGGUUGAGAAGGCUGUAAGGGCUAAUCCUGGCAUCGCUGCCGGCCUUCUCAGGCUGCACUUCCGUGACCGUUUUGUGAGGUGUUGUGAUGGAUCGGUCCUUAUCGAUUCAACAUGGAGAAGUACUGCAGAGAAGGAUACACUUCCCGACAAAAGCCUUCGAGGAUUCGAAGUCAUUGACAGAGCGAAGAGAAGGUUGGAGGCUGUCUGCAGAGGGAAAGUCUCGUGCGCAGACAUUCUCGCGUUCGCAGCCAGAGAUAGUGUUGUACACGUUCGUACGUAUUAUGCCCUUCCUUCGCCAAGAAAGCGAGCUGCCCAGUUGAAGAGGCGGUGCCCUCUACGGAGCAACAGCGUGGUGCCCAUGGAUUCACCGAGCCCCUUCACUUUCGACACCAGCUACUACAGGAACCUGUUGGUGAACCGAGGUCUGUUCACUUCCGACCAGACCCUCACGUCAACAUGGGCCACGGCCGCGAAGGUGAGGCAGCUCGCGGGCAAUCCCAUGCUCUUCCAGAGGAAGUUUGCAGCUGCAAUGGUGAAGAUGGGUAAGAUCGGAGUCCUCACCGGGAGAAAGGGUGAGAUACGCCGCUACUGCAGGAGGACUAACUGA